AUGUCUCAAUAUACAAAUUCUUCUGGCGAUAUAGAUCCCUUUGAAGCCCGAUUACAUUUUAAUUCCAUACUUAAAAAAAUAACUUCCAGCCAGCAAACUAUUCAAACAUGUACAACCUUUGCCCUUAGACACCAUAAUCUUUGCGUAAAAUCUAAAAAGGUUGAAUUUAAUAAAUAUAUUGAAUAUAUUCAACGUGAUUUAAAGAAGAUCGUUGUUGAUUACGUUUGUGAAAGAGACGAUGGGUGUUUUAAUUUAGUUAAUACUUUAAAAAUUUUGAGUAAUUGGAAAGAAAAAAGCUAUUUUGAUAUUUCGGUUAUUGAAAGUACGGAGCGCGUUCUAUUAGAUUGGAAGAAAGAACCGAAUUAUCCAGCAAAAUUAAAAUUAUCAAAACAUGAUAUUUUGAAAAGAAUAGAAGAAGACCGAGAAAGGGCGAAACAUCUUCGAGAAGAUAUUUGGUGGGUGGAUAAAAGUAUCCCGGAUGGUGAAGCUCUUAGUUUAUGGGAGGAAUGUUCAGAUCUAGAUAAGAAUGAUUAUUUGGAAAUUUUAACAGAAAAUUUCAAAUACCAACCAGACUAUCCGUGGCUAGAUGUGUAUAAAAAAGUAAAAUUAUGGAACGAAGAACAAAAGCAAUUGGAAGAAGAGGAAUUAAAGGCUCGUCUUGAAGAAGAACGGGCACGACAAAAACUCGAGGAAGAAGAACGGGCACGACAAAAAUUUGAGGAGGAAAAACGAGAGCGACAAAAACUUGAAGAGGAAGAACGGGCACGACAAAAGCUUGAGGAGGAAGAACGGGCACGACAAAAGUUUGAGGAGGAAGAACGGGUACGACAAAAACUCGAAGAGGAAGAACGGGCACGACAAAAACUCGAGGAGGAAGAACGGGAACGACAAAGACUUGAGGAAGAAUUAAAGGCUCAACAAAAGAUUGAGGAAGAAAGGGAGCAACAAUUACUUGAAGAGGAAGAACGAGAACUACAAAAACUUGAAGAGGAAGAACGGGCAAGACAAAAAAUUGAGGAGGAAGAACAGGCACGGCAAAAAAUUGAGGAGGAAGAACGGGAACGACAAAGACUUGAAGAAGAAUUAAAGGCUCAACAAAAGAUUGAAGAAGAAAGGGAGCAACAAUUACUUGAAGAAGAAAGGACACGACAAGAACUUGAAGAAUUAAAGGAGAUGCAACAAAGAGUAGAGAGAGAAGAAUUAAAAGAACAACAACAAUUAGUUGAAGAAGAUGAUCAUAGUUUUAGAUCGAUAGGAACGAAGAGACAGCACUGUCUUGAUGACAUUCUCAAUGAUGAUGUUCAUGAAAUUAAGAGACUUUCUAAGAAAGCUCGUACACAAGAUUAUCACAAUGAUAAUCACUUAGUAAUUUCUGCGGACAAUUGUGGCGAUGAAAAUAGUUUCAAUAUUAAUGAAAAUAUAGGUUAUUUUUCUAAAAGCCAAGGAAUCGAUGGAACGGG